UGAAGACAACAACACGCUGCAUGGAUCGGAACCAAGCUAUAAAAAGUUUCAUUGAUUCAAAACAACAGAAUAAGGAAAAAAGGAUAUAAUAGAACCAAUAUGGAUGUGAUACUUCAAUCUUUAUGCCAGUGUGGUAUAUGCCACGAGUCUGUAAGUUAUCCCAAAAAGCUAAAGUGCCAGCAUAUCUUCUGCCAUGAAUGUUUGAUUGGCUAUAUCAGUGAAUACUUCGGUCAGACAUUAUUCCACUGUCCUGUUUGCAAGUAUAAGCAUACACCACAGGAACCAGAAACAGAAGUGAGUGACACUAUGCUGUCAGCCUUAGAAGAGGAUUCCCUGACAAGAAACUUACGCCAAUUUUACAGUGACGAAAAUGAACGACCUGCUAUCCAAUCGUCAAAUGGUGUAUUGUCUCCAUUGUGUUCCAUUCAUCCAAGGAACCGUUGCUCGUAUUAUUGUGAGGCAUGCAACGUACUCGUAUGUCCUCGGUGUAGAGUAAACAUGCAUCGAGGAUGUCAUCUCGAGACCAUCACAAAAACCAUGGAAACCAGUUGCUACAACAGGAUGCGGCAAAUUUCGACAGACAUAGAGACGGUUAAGUCACGUACUCAGUUGCUUCAUGGAAAAUUGGUAUCAAAACUAGAACAUGCCAUCCCUGACCGAGAAAAUACGGAAUCAACAGUGAAGGCAUAUUAUGCAGAUUUGAAGGAAAAUGUUAUUCACUAUCUGGAACAACAAGAAGAUAAAAUAUUGAAAAAGGCAAAAGAAUUAGAAGAAAAAGAGAAAAUGUACCUAGAUGAUGACAUCUCUGUAUGUUCUUCACUGCUUACUUCUUUAGAUGCUCAUCAGAAACUAAUCAUAGCUUUGCUGCUUCAGACGUCAAUAAAACCAUCACAGAACAUGAUUCUUGCAGGAGAUUUGUCCAAGAUUAUGGGAUCAUUUACAGAUAUUUUACCUGAUUUAGAGUCCGAUUUGAUGAAGUCAUUUGACUUGAGAUUUAUGAUUAAUACAGAACUUGAGGACAAAAUGACAAACGUAGACAUUGUUAAUAUUGAAGUGAUUGACAGCUGCCACUCAGGACCCUAUAUUGUGACCUUUGAAGACAAUGAAAAUCCUGAUUCUCCUGGAGAAGAUGGCAUAUCAGAGUCAGGUUUACUAGGUGAAGAUGAAGAAGGCCUACCUACAUAUGAAUGUGUAUUACAACAGCCCUCCCUGGAAAUAAAUUGUCCAUCUUCUGGCCAGCGCCCUCUUCCUACAGCUCCACCUAUGACAUUACCACAAAACAUGAAUCUCCCUUCCACUACUCUCACACAGCCAUCAGCUCCACCACUUCCAGAAUCUGAACUAAGGAGUGGUCCUGGCAGCCAUUAUUAUCACUCUACAGGAUCUUCUGAAUCUACUAUUGACCACAGCAAUAUUGUAUCCGACAGAUCAUUGGCUAACAAUGCAGAGUCCGCAGUUGAUCCACAUGUCAAAGAUGGGAUCGCAAGGUUACAGUACAAGGACUACAUUGAUAUCCAGCUUUCUGGGGACAUUAAUAUCCCUUCUCUAGUAGCUAUAGCAACUGUUGGUGACACAUUUGUUGUACUCGACCGGUCGAACUAUUGCAUGAAAGUUCUCAGUCAACAUGGAGGGUUGUUGAAUGUCCAUGAUUUUGGAUAUGUGGAACCUUGGGAUGUUGCUGCUGUAUCUGAUGUCGAAUGCGUUGUCACUGCUCCAAAACAAAAACAGUUGCUUUUCCUCCGUGAUCCAGCUUUGAAACAAGGUGAGGAAAUCAGUGUUCGCAAGGCUCUAACAACGGGUCAGUAUGCUUACAUAGCCUUUCAUAAAGAGACAGAGCUUUUAAUUGGUUGCUUAUGUCCACCAUUUUGUUCCACAAGAAUUGAUGUGAUUGACUUACAAGGACGCGUUAGGAGAAAGAUUCCUGUAGAUUAUUGCCAAAGCCCACGUAACAUUGUUGUGACAAAACCUUUUGAUCUAAUACUUAGUGACCUUGAUAAAUCAAAGGUAAUAUUCUUCAAAUCCAGUGAUACAAACCAUAUUAAUAAGAAGACUUUUGUUGGGCAUGCUGCAUUGAGUUUUUCAAAACAACAAGGCAUUGCCAUAGUUGAUGAAAUGGAUUUGCUUCUAAUUUUAGACAGCAGAAAUGGAGAUCUUACAGUAGCAUCAUUUUCAGGACAACUUGUAAAGGUCCUUCCUAAUCAGAUUUCGGUGGAAGGAUCGGCUGAAAUAGACACUCAAAUGUGCACGAGUAUGGACGGGACGACUCUAGCAGUAACCAGUGCUGAUGGAUUUGUGUCACUCUAUGAUAUAGAGUAUUCCUAUCUCCCAUCUGUUACCCAGGUCUAGAAAAUUUACAAGAGUUUGUAAGGCUGCAGAUCCAGAUUUAAACCAGAUUUAGUUCAUUGGAAAUUUUUGGAAAGUAUUUUGAAUGUAAUGGAUUAUUUUCAGGUAUCUGUGAUAUGAAUUCUGAAUACACUUAAGUUACAGGUAGAUGUUAUCAAUAUUGUAAUUAAUUCUGUUGACAUUCUAAAAUGUUAAUUUACAAUGGAAGGCUCGUCUUUAUACAAAUUCAGAAGCUCGUUAUAAAUGAAAGUCGAAAACAUCACCAUUGAAGUCCAACAAGAUCACCAUUAUAAAUGUACAAGAUUAGAAAUUCAAAAGUUACUUGUAGAUAGUAGAUGAAGUUGUCAUCGAUCGCACCCAAUGAUCAUAAUGAAGUAAGAGAAUGGGUGAGGAUUAAAACAACAGCCAGACAUAUAUUUAUUUUUUAUAUUUCUUAAUACUGAUAAUAGCAGACCACUUACUACUUAAUGGAAUAGAACACAUAUUUUAUAAUGAUGUAUUAACUUCAUCAAUGCUGUAUAUAUGCUUCGGAUGUUGCAUAGAUAUAGCAGUGCUCCAGAUAGCCUACGUGAAUGCGUUUUCACGCACAAUAUUUCUAAUUUCACGCUAGGAAAACCAGUGCGAAAUCCGGACUCUGCGUCAAUGUCCGGCUCCAAUAUUACGUAGUUAGAAAACAGACACUUAUCAAGUAAACGAAACUCGUAACAAGCGCUUACUUGAUCGUGAUUAUAAACCAGUCGCAUAGCAAAUAUGGCGCUCUCAAAAAUGUUUACAAAUUCAGUGUUACCCUAAUAUGGAAAAACCCAUACACUUGAUGAAGGCAGGGGUGAAAAAACCCCUCAAUUUAUAAAGGUAGGAGUGAAAACCCCACAUGUCAAAAAGUUAUCUGGAGCACUGUAUAGGUCAUACCUAUGUUCCUCGUUUUGUCUUCCAAUCUUUUACUUCCAUUGGUCUGUCUUCCUAUAUUCUAUGUACCUGGCCCCUUCCAUCUCAAUCCUUGCGAGAACCUGUGUCAUUUAAAUUGAUACAAAGUCAUUUCAAGAUUGUUAUCAUUGAAUGCGUUCACUGUUUCAUACUCAUUCCAUAGAAGCGACUGAUUUAGUUUUGCCUGUUGUUCCCAAUGUUCAUUCCUUCUAUAACAAUACAAUUGUAUAAACAUAACGUACACAACAUAUGAAGAUUAUAUGUAAACUAUCGCCUUUAUAUUGCCUUAUACAAUAUCUUGUCACUUUGUUAGUUGUUCACAAGAUAAAUUUACAUUGUUAUCAGGGCUUUUCACUAUCUGGUGAAAAGACAUUGUUAUUGUUAUGUUUCUUUUUAUUAAUAUUAUUCUGAAAUUUAUGUUUCUUUUUAUUAUUAUCAUUCUGAAAUUUGUGGAGUCCAAAUUUAUGAUCAGUAAGAGAUAGGUUUACAGCCUCUUUAGUUCUUUAUGGGUACAUAUCUGUAGAUGUAGUAUUUUUAAGUUGGUCAUAAAUCCAAUAUGACCACCAUCGACGUCAUAUGGUAAGAAUUUUAAAGUAGCCAUAUCACGAAAAUUGUUGAUUAUACAGAAUUCAAUCAUAUAUAUUAUUUGUAGAUAAUUCCCAUAUCUAACUUUUUUACAUUAUAUGUUAAUACAGAAUAAGUCAUUUAAAGAAAGCUUACUGUUGGGUAAAA